AUGCUGCUCCGGGCUGCACUUCUCUACCUCUUAGGGGGUGAUUUCGUGUUUGCGGGCAACGCGGACGAUUGGAAACCCAGAUCGGUAUACCAGAUUCUCACAGAUCGAUUUGCCCGGACGGAUGGAUCCACAACAGCACCAUGCAACGCAGAAGACGGUAUAACCUGCGGUGGAACAUGGAAAGGAAUCACGGAUCAUCUGGACUAUAUCCAGGGGAUGGGGUUUGACGCCAUUAUGAUAUCCCCCAUUACAAAGAAUGUCAACGGCACGGUUCGCUAUGGAGAUGCGUACCACGGCUACUGGCCGCAAAAUCUGUAUGAGCUGAAUCAUAAUUUUGGAACGCGUCGGGAUCUUCUCGAUUUGAGCAAGGCUGUUCACGAUCGAGGGAUGUAUUUGAUGGUUGACGUUGUUAUCAACAACAUGGCAUAUAUCACGAAUGGCAGCAACCCGGCUAAAGAUGUCGACUAUUCAACGUUCGUCCCUUUCAAUGAUCAGAAGUAUUUCCAUCCCUACUGCAAGAUUACGAAUUACGAUGAUUAUGAAAUGGCGCAAAAAUGCUGGACAGGUGACAAACUCGUACCACUUCCCGAUCUCAACACAGAAGAUGCCAAAGUCACGCAAAUGAUGGCUGCAUGGGUGAGGGGUCUAAUCUCCAACUAUUCGGUGGAUGGUUUGCGAAUAGAUGCGGCGAAACACGUGGAUACCGACUACUUGAGGAAUGUUGUGAAAGCGUCGGGCGUAUUUGCUAUAGGGGAGGUUUAUGAAAAGAACCCGAAGAUUAUUUGCGAGUAUCAAAAUUAUCUUCCAAGUCUGCUAAACUACCCUGUUUACUACGCGAUGAUUGAGGCCUUCAGCAAAGGGAACAUGUCUGUGCUUGUCGAAGCCGUAGAGAAAGUGACGGUUGUCUGCAAGGAUACUUUUGUUCUCGCUGCUUUCUCGGAGAACCAUGAUCUGCCUAGAUUUCCAUCCUUUAAAAAGGAGCUCUCACUUGCCAAAAAUGUGAUUGCUUUUACCAUUCUCUCAGACGGAAUUCCAAUGUACUAUCAAGGCCAGGAACAGCAUUUUUCUGGUGACGGAGUCCCAGAAAACCGUGAAGCGCUAUGGCUGUCAAAAUAUAAUACUCGAUCCCCACUUUAUAACUUCACAGCUUCAGUCAACCAAAUACGUCGACAGGCUAUUCGUGUAGACCGCGAUUAUCUUGAACAUCCACUGUAUCCGCUAUCUAACGAGAAUGGCAUUUCCGCAUUCCGUAAAGGGCAUGAUGGGCGUCAUAUAAUCGUUGUUUACUCGCGGCAUGGCGAAGACGGAGCAAGCCGUAGCAUCAAAAUCCCAAGAUGUGGACAUCAACACCUGGAAUUUACUGAAAUUACUACUUGCCGAAAUCACACUCUUGAUGAUUGGGGUGCUCUCCGAGUUACGGUGUACAACGGCCUGCCUAAGAUAUUCUUCCCUGCAAAUCAGAUGGGGGGAAGCGGCCUGUGUGGAUUUGGAGACUGGCCUAUUAGUGGUUCGAAAAAGAAAGGGGAAGGGAAGUCAAAUAUUGAUAAAACCCACUGGACAAACGAAAUCCCGGUCAACCCAAAAUGGGGGAGGCGGCCAGGCCGGGAAGGAUCCAGGCCAGUGCAUAGGGCAAAGGCGAAGAAUUCCAAGAAGAAAAAGCGGCCGAAAAUCUCCGGAUCUGGAAAGACAUGGAGUGGAUGGCCAAUGCCGGUGUUAGUAUCUUCAUUGGUGACGCUCCAUUUUGAGCUGUGA